AUGAAGGAAAAUCGAGGGACCCAAAUGCCAACGGGUCAGCAUCAUGUCGUUAGAACAGAUACUUUGGAGUUAAAAUCCCAGAUUGAGAAGAAGAUUGGUCGGGCCAAAACUGAGAGCUACCUUAACCUCUUAUCAAAAUUCCUGAGCUUGAAAAUCAGCAAAUCUGAUUUCGAUAAGCUUAUCAUCGCUACGGUGAAGAAGGAGAACAUCGGUCUACACAACGCUCUGCUGAGAGGGAUAGUUAAGAAUGCAUGUCUCUCAAAGACUUCCCCAUUGAUAAAGAGUGCUACAGAAGAAGAUUUAGAGAAGAAGAAGAAGAAGAAGCAAUUGAAUGGUGUUUCUCAGACAAGUCUUAGUUUCAAAUCUUUAUGCCAAGACCUUCCUAAAUCGCCUCGUAAAGGAAGGACUCAACGGAGGUUUAAGGAUUGUAAUGGAAGCAAAGGAAAGAGUCAAAUCACUGAGGUCGUCUCCUCUAGUUGUAAACAACAGUGGUCAAUGGAAGAUGGUGAAGAAGUUGACCAAUUGCUUCGAUGCUGGAGAAGUCAACCCAUCGAAGCACCCUUUGGUGUUAAUCUUGGAGAUGUGAUAAAGAGAAGACAUCAUAUAGGGACAUGUUACUCUUCCGGCGAGCUUCCUGAGUCGAUUUCUUUGAAGAAGAAACUCGAACAAGAUUUGGGAUUAGAGGAGGUUUCGGUUGAGUUUGCUAACACGUUGAACGCAGGACUCGAUGUCUUCCUGAAAAGGCUAAUCAAACCGUGUCUAGAACUAGCGGCUUUAAGGUCUUGUAUCCGAGGAGAAGUAAGUUCUUCUUCAGCAUCUAUGGUAGAUUUUCAAGUAGCUAUGGAGUUAAACCCGUUGAUACUUGGGGAAGAUAGGUCUACAAAGCUUGAGAAGAUCCGGUUAGCGACAGCGGAUUUGCCUGCUGAUUUUCGGACAAGCUAA